CUGCCCGCACUGCAGGACUGAGCGUUGUCGGGAUGACUCCCGCUUGGUAGUGCAGGAGCAUUUCCAGCAGGUGCACCUUGCACUGCCCCCUUAGGUGCACUGGCACACUGUCCAUGUCGUCUGCCAGUGAGAGAAGAAAUUGCUCGCUUCUGCCCAGUUUUUCUUCCUGCAGCUGGGCAUCCACUCUAGAUAGCAUAGCAUGUGUUUGUGAUUUCCUCUUGUGUCUUUUUGUUUGAAAAGUUGUGCGUGUAAUAGUGGAUGCAGCUUCGUGUGUUUGUGUUGGGGAGUGCGAAGAAAGGGAGGAAGGCUGUGUAGAUUGAGCGGGGUCAUGGGGCGAAAUGUUUGAGAGAGGUGUUGAUGAUCGUGUUUGUGUCAUGUCUUCCUCAUGUGGGAGUUCAAUGUCUGUUGUGUCUUCACUGCUGGAACCUUGGUGGGGCAGCAUGGAACCAAACAGCGCAGACGGGUCGUCGUCGGUAUCCCUGAGGACCUCGUCCAGUGAAUUGAGAACAUCCAGCUUUUCUGGCCUUCUGCUCCACAACAGCGGAGCAAACACAGCUGCCGCAUCUCCGAGUCCACUGAACAGAAUAUUCAAGCAUCGCCUGUACAAGAUAACACAAUCGUCGAGCUGGCGGCUGCCCAAACAGCGGCAACUGCCUCAAGGCCUGCCAGAACAGCGGCCGCAACACAGGAAAGUGCGUGGGACGCCAUCGCUUAUACUGCGCAUGCAGUUGGAGAGCGGCACUCGCGAAAAAAGUCCAAUAAAGCCAUAACUUGUGCUUGGUGUGCGCGGCGCCGCC